AUGCCCCCUGCAAGCUACAACCCUCAGCAGACUGCUUCCUACCGUCGCCAUCCUAAGCAGCCCCAGCCCGGCUACGCUCUUGCGAAUCAUCCCCCAGAGCCGUAUCCCGAGGAGAUCGAAUACGCAAGAGACUACCCUGCCCAGCCACAAAAUGGCUCCAACUCGCAGCGCCGCAGGAGGAGCCAGUCAAACCCGCCAGCGGGGAAUGGCCAACCACCACUGCCGCUUCAAGAUGCGUCCCGCGGCCCUCCCGUCGCGUACAAAGAGCCGUACAUGGGAAGUUACGCUGCUCCCGCACGAUCACGAAGUCACAAACGCUAUGAGCCCGCACCUGCUGCCGUGAGGAGGAGCGCCCAGCCCAAUGCGCAGCCGCAACCUUUCCAGAUGCCACCUAAUUCGACGGAAUACCAGCCGUCCCCCACAACCCCAGCAGCAUCUACUCCAAUUUCUCCUACUACAGACUACUCUGAACGAAGGAGGAGCUCAUCUGGCACUGCGGGUGCACAACGGAGCAGGACUGGGUCCGUGUCACAUCGUUCUCCGCUGCAGAAGCUGGAGGGCGCUCUGGACGACAUUAGCAAGGAGGAACGCCGCGCUAGAAUCCUGGAAGCUGAGGCGGCUGCUCAGGAGAGGAGGGGUAGCAGGCAUGGUCCCGAGCAGAAUGCCCCUGCAGCAGUUGCUCAACCUCGUCAUGCCUCAGGCCCAGCGCAGCCGGGCCCCCAGAGAACAGCCAGUGGAAGGCGCAAUUUUUCUUUGCCAACCGGUGGUCUUGUGGAUUCCCGGCAGCCUGAAAAGGCCAACGUUGAGUUCACUCAACCAUGGCAGCAAGCCCCUCGGCAAGAGCAGGGUUCUCAACGCAGGGCCCGUGUUCCGCAAUAUGAUGGUCCCAUCGAUCCUCAGACCAAGCGGACGUCUCAGGUAGAUCCGGACGUUACUCGCUCGACCAGCUACCGUGACCGCAAUGUGAAGGUGGAGACGACGCAUGCGCGUCAGGACUCUCACUCUCGGGGCAAUGGUGCUCCCAUGUCCGCAGGAGCUAUAGGAGCUGCCGCAGGAGCUGGAAUUGGCGUCGCAGCAGCUGGCAAUCGUGGAUACCAAGGUCAAGACCAACCAGCUGUUGGCCGGAGCAACAGUAGGAAGCUUCAGAAACGUGCUCAGCCCGAGGUGUAUCAACAAACAAGCAACCGAGAUGCAGCCGUCAUGCCGGACUUGCACAAGCAACCUCAAAGCAGCCGGACUGGGCAUGCACAGGGCACCCGGGCUGCUACGCGUUAUCAGCCUCCGGAUCCCUUACCGGCAGAAGCAGUGCGCAACCCUGGUCCUGGACCAAAGUACCAGGUGCCCCCGCAGACUGUAAAUGCACAACGUGCACACGACCAGAUCGCGUUCGAGAGAGAGGAUGCUCACCUUCCGUCCGUGGCUCAGCAGAGUCAUACCCAUCAUUUACCAAACAUGUUCCAUCGUCAUCACCACGAGGAGCGCCGCUACACCUCAUCUCAGCCUUUGGAUGAAUGGAAGACAGCUGAAGCUGCAAGCUUGACAGCCGAAGACUUGGACAUUGACAGUGUAGAGACAGAAGCUGACUCAAAAAUGCCAUGGUGGGAGAAACGUAACUCUCAGCACCGUAGAAGUAGCGGACCUGGUAUGGCACAAGUUGAUGGAGCCUAUGAGGAACCGGCCGGUCAAACUCACUUCACUCCUCCGUUAUACAUCAAGUGCGGUCCCCUACUACGCUACUGUGGAAUGAGGCGCGAACCCCGCAUGGGUCGUAGCGACAAGUGGGUAUGGAGGGGAAGCGUCAUGAUUGUGACCAUCGACCAGCAUUCAUCUUAUGAAAGACGCCCCACGUUGAGACUCUUUCUCCAGCCGAAGGAUCUUUUACCGCCUCCGCCGGCACAGCUUGACGAAUCGACCGGUCAGAAACUCGCAUCCGAAUACGUGGAUCCCCUCGCUGGCGAGAUAAAAAUGUCUCGGACAGGAAAGACUUUAUACGUCAAACCGGUAGAGGAUCUGGACGAAGAAGCCGAUCUUUCUAGACGAGAGGACGACAGUGGGCUGUAUGAGGAAUCCAAGAGUGCAACCAAUCAUACCUCCCGCAUCAAAAAGAAGGACGGGGAGAAAUGUAACAAGUACCGAGAGGUCAAAGGUGUACGACUAUACGCUGAACGGGGUGUCACGUUUUGGCGCUUCAACCUGGAGAUUGAACUCGGCAAGGACCAAGCUCGUGUAGCCUACCGAAUCAACAAAGGGCCGGCCAUUGGCUUCUGGGUCCCUGCGCGAGGAGAAACCAUGAACAUCAUGUUCCACAGCUGCAACGGUUUCAGCUUGAGUGUGAAUCCACACGAGUUCUGCGGCCCCGAUCCUCUCUGGAGAGACGUCUUGAACAAUCACCAAACUCGCCCUUUCCACGUUAUGAUCGGCGGUGGGGAUCAGAUUUACAAUGAUGCUGCUACGAGGCAGACCAACUACUUUCGGGAUUGGUUGGGCACAAAGAAUGCAAUGCACAAGCACUCGGCCGAGUUCACCGAUGACAUGCAGAAUGAGCUCGAAGAAUUUUACCUCAAUCGAUAUGCGAUGUGGUUUUCUCAGGGCUUCUUCGGCAUGGCAAACUCCCAGAUUCCAAUGAUCAACAUGUGGGAUGAUCAUGACAUUAUUGAUGGAUAUGGCUCUUAUCCUCAUCACUUCAUGAGGAACGCCGUCUUCUGUGGCCUGGGUGCUGUGGCGUUCAAAUAUUACAUGCUCUUCCAACACCAGAGCCUGCCUGAUGAGACCGAAAUCGAUGAGCCAUCCUGGCUUCUGGGAGCUGCGCCUGGCCCCUACAUCGAUCAACUCAGCCGCAGCGUCUUCAUGUUCCUCGGGAAGAACGUCGCCUUUGUCGGAUUAGAUUGCCGGACGGAGAGAAUGAGGGACGAGAUCCUUAGCGCGGAGACAUACUACCGUAUCUUUGACCGGUGCCGCAAGGAGAUCAUCGAGGGCGACACAAAGCACUUGAUAGUUCUGCUCGGAGUGCCAAUCGCCUAUCCCAGGCUGAACUUUCUGGAGAAUGUCCUCACCUCGCGCAUCAUGGAUCCUGUCAAGGCCCUCGGAAGGACCGGCAUGCUUGGCAAUUUCGUCAACAAGUUCGACGGAGGCGUCGAAAUCCUGGAUGACUUGGACGACCAUUGGACAGCGAAGCACCACAAGGCAGAGCGAAACUGGUUCAUCCAAGAGUUGCAAGAGCUUGCAGCUGAUAAAUCAGUCCGCAUUACCAUUCUUGGUGGAGAUGUCCAUCUGGCUGCAGUUGGGCAGUUCUACAGCAACAAGAAGCUAGGAAUUCCAAAGGAUCGUGACCAUCGGUAUAUGCCAAACGUCAUCUCCUCAGCCAUUGUCAACACGCCUCCGCCAGAGCUGAUGGGCGACAUCCUCAACAAGCGCAACAAAGUUCAUCAUCUCGAUGCAGAUACAGAUGAGGACAUGAUUCCUAUGUUCACCCAUGAUGUGGACGGCACAUUCAACCGUUCCACUGAGUCUUACGGUCAACGCCAGGCAUCGAUCGCUGACCCUCCGCGCCCGAAUCCCUUCCACCGUCGCCCAACCGGUCUUAGCAUCAAGGCUGCUCGCAAAGGCGGAGCCUUUGAUGACGACGAUCCAGAUAAUCCAGACCUAAGUGCCAUAAAUCUUGAAUGUGGCCUAGAUGUCGUCCUGAACCUCGAGGUCAGCCAGAAAGACCCUGCUGGCAUCACUACGCCUUACCGCCUCCUUGUGCCCGCACUCUUCUACGACGGCCCACCAGAUGAGAACGUCAUCAGCGAGAAAAGACCCAGCGGCAGCGGCCUCAAGAAUCUCUUCAGCAUUCGCAGAAAGAAGAAGAAGGACUUCGAGGACGACGAAUACUACGAUAGCCGCAGCCCGUCGCCGACAGCGAGCGAAGAAGCGGCGAUCGAAGAGCUUAGCCAAGUUGGAGGCUAUAACGGUGGCGGCGGCGAAGGCGGACAUCCUCUUCCUCGAGACGGUCGCGCAGCUCGCGGCGGUAACGGCUACAACUACGGCGCCGACGGCAGCCAAUACCCAGCACGGGGUGGUGGACGGUAUGCGCCAUCAACGCCGACGACGACUCACCCACAAGCGGAUUACCCAGUGCAACCACGCACCAUCGCGCCCGUCAUGUACGAUAGCCCACCUCGCACCAAUUCCAUGCGUCAGCAGCAGCGUCAACCGCCCGCGGUCGUCCAGUACGGUAGCGAGCCCAUAGCUAGCAACAGGCGGCCGCUGCCGCCCCAGCCGCAGGGUCCGCUGCCUCCUACCGCCGUCGACGCAGCAACGGGAGAUCGGCGGUAUGCUGCACAAGAGAUGCACACGCCGCCCAGCGUUCCGAGGGAGAUGAGCGGUGCUCGUGAUGGCGGUGGUAGACGUGGAAGCGUGAGGAGGGAUAGUAGGUACUACGAUGACGAUGAGCUGAGCGAUGAGGACGAUUCGUUGGGUAGUUUUAGAAGUUACGGUGACAAAGGCCAAGGGGCUGGAAAGGGCGCGGCGACGGGGAAGAAGAAGAAGAAGUGGAUGGUUUGGCGGUAA